CAUACACUCAUCGAAUCACAACUGAGCUCCCAUUCACUGAUCGGAAUUCUGUUCCUGACACCGCCUCCUGACUACUUCGCGGCUUCUCCGGCGACAUAUACAAGACAACUCCUCAGGGCAACAACUUCCCUUGAAUUCUGUUGACCAGAUCUUGCUUGCGCUUCAUCGCCUUUCUCUCAAUCUCAUAAUCAAUCUCAUAUCAAUACGCACGAAUAUAUAAUGGCGGACGAAGGCGCUUCCCCGCGUGAAUUGGUCGUGGAGGCUUGUCGGCGCGACCAGCCUCACCUGAUAGAACAGGUGCUAGAUGGCAUGAAUGACAAGUCGAAUGAAGAGGUGGCCGAGUUCUUCAAUGGGGUGACGGAUUCUAUGGGAAACCAUGCUCUUCACAUCUGUGCCUCAUACGGAAGCUAUGAUACGAUGGACGCCCUCUUUGACAUCCAAUACUUCGAAUGUGACCCCCUGACCCGCCUCGACAAAGAUACGCCGCUUCACGUCGCAGUCCGCUAUGCCAACGAGAAGGACGCCAAGCUGGGGCUGGAGAUGAUCAGGAUGAUGUGCGAUGCCGGCUGCGAUCCCCGGGUCCGGAAUAAGCACGGCCAGAAGCCCACGGACCUCGUUUACAACAACCCCGAGAUCAAGUCGGUCCUGCAGCAAGCAGAGUACGUGAUGGCUGAGGGGCUCCGGGAGGAUGCGGAUAACGGCUCCGUGCACGACAGCGCUAGCGACAGCGAGUAAAUAUGCAACAGCGAAACGCCCAACUUUUAUAGCGGUUUCCUUAAUCAUUAUAGAUAUAUGCGAGCGAUGAUCGGUUUUUGAGUUUCGGGAUGCUUGGAAAUGCAUAGAUCGUGCCACUGCAUGACGGACUGCAGGGUUGAUUUUGUGUGACGUGCAGGCAGUGAGUGCCGGUGCAGUCUUGAAGUCUGCAUCUUAUUAUGCAGAAGCUUGAUUUGGCCUUAAAAUGAGGGUACACAAUAGCAGCAAUUCCACAUCAACUUUUCAGACAUAUGACAUAAACUAGGGUAUCGUUCAGAUGCAGGAUUAGGAGGAAAUGAGAACGCAGAACAACAAUCCGUCAGACAUAGUGCAGAAUCAGUCGCUCUCUUCCGGGCCAGACUCCGAUCGUCCACGCCGUCGGGUUGACCGUCUUCUCUCGACUCGCU